AUGGGGAAAAGCUUUGAAGACCACUCACUGCUCAAAAUUGAUUAUCCUGAUCCAUAUUACAGCUCAAGAAAUGGGUAUAGUGACGCACCGGAGUACUUCGCUGGUCGCAAGUUUCAGGUCAAGUGUCUUGAUCUCCAGGGCCUCAAGCCGUACGAAGUUGCUACAAAAGCCAACUCCAAUUCGGUCUCUAUAGCUGGAGACGGAGUAGCCAGUAUUUGGAGCUAUAGAGAGCACCCGCCGUUGUACGAGGAUGUGCUUCGAUGGUCUGUCGAGCACCCGGACCCUAUCAAAACUCGGUCGCAGCUGCUUAGGUCUCAGAUAGACCAAGCAACUCAGAACAUGAAGGGAUACAAAGUCCCUUCUUUCCAGUCCCCUAUCGUGCGCAAAGCAAACAACUUUAAUAAGCUGAUCGUGCUGAACAUGGAGCUGCACGUUAACACUCGCGGAGAUCUGUUUCCGGAUCCGCUUGAGGACGAGAUCAGGAUGCUAUUCUGGUCUUUUGACGAUCAAAACUAUCCGAUCGACCUUGGGAUCGAGGGGUCCGGGGUGUUUGUGGUCAACUCUCACGAAAUUACUCGAAAACAUAUUAACUUUCCCGUGCAAACUUUCAGAAGUGAGGUUGACAUGGUGAGAGAGCUCAUUUCCCUGGUUGAAUUUGUGGACCCAGACAUUCUCUCAGGAUACGAAAUUCACUCUGCUUCCUGGGGAUAUUUGCUGGAAAGGUUUCGAAAAGUGCAUAAAAUGGACCUGGGAGUGCGGUUGUCAAGAGUGGCCACCAAACAGCUGAACAAGGUGAACGACCGAUGGGGCUUCACGCAUGCCUCGGGCAUAAAAAUAACAGGCAGACACAUGCUGAACUUAUGGCGACCAUUGCGCAAAGAGUUGAGCAUCAACAGGUACUCGCUCGAGAACGUGGUCUGGCACACUUUGCAUAUCAAGAUUCCCCAUUAUGAGCACAAAACUCUAACACAGUGGUUUCUUUCCAACAGUCCGGGAAACCUCAACAAUCUUGUGGAGUACUACAUGUCCAGGCUGCACUGGCAGAUGAAACUGAUCAAUAAGAUGGAAAUCAUUGAGAGAACGGUGGAGGAGUCGCGGUUUUUGGGGAUCGACUAUUACUCGGUGUUCUACCGCGGGUCGCAGUUCAAAGUGGAAAGUCUUCUGGUGCGUCUGGCAAAGGCAGAGAAUUUCAUUCUCAUUUCUCCGUCGAAAAAACAGGUUUUCAAACAGGAUCCACUCCAGGUGAUUCCCCUAAUUUUGGAGCCCGAAAGCUCGUUCUACAAGAGUCCGCUGCUUGUUCUGGAUUUCCAGUCGCUUUACCCGUCUUUGGUGAUUGCCCAUAAUUUAUGCUAUUCUACGUUACUUGGCAGACUACACGGCUAUGACCCUAAAAAGACACAAACUUUAGGAAUCACGUCCUGGAAGCUGCCACCUGGACUUUUGAAGUUGUUUGAGAAACACAUCACUGUGACACCGAACGGACUUAUGUUUUUGAAGCCAAACGUCAGAAAAUCCGUACUGGCCAAAAUGCUGAGCGAAAUCCUGGACGCCCGUAUUUUGGUGAAAGAUACCAUGAACGGCCUCAAAGACGAUUCAGAGCUCUACAAGCUGUACAAUAAUAGACAGCUGGCGUUGAAGCUGAUUGCCAAUGUCACCUACGGGUACGCAUCCGCGACGUACUCGGGCAGAAUGCCCAACUCGGCCAUAGCAGAUGCCAUAGUGUCUGCUGCACGCGAAACCCUGCACAGUGCAAUAAGUGAGAUCGAGAAAAACGAAAAAUGGGGCGCCAAAGUGGUAUAUGGAGACACAGACUCGUUGUUUGUGUAUCUCCCAGGAAAGAGCAAGGCGGAUGCAUUCAAACUAGGCCGAGAAAUAUCUAACCACAUCACCUCUAUUAACCCGUCGCCUGUUCGUUUGAAAUUCGAAAAAGUAUACUUUCCUUGUGUCCUGAUUAGCAAGAAACGGUACGCAGGAUACUCUUACGAGCACGAAGACCAAGAAACGCCCAAGUUCGAUGCCAAGGGUAUAGAGACCGUGCGACGAGACGGAGUGCCUGCACAGCAAAAAAUGGUGGAGAAGUCGCUUCGACUGCUGUUCGAAACCAAAGAUCUCACCAAAGUCAAGCAAUACGUGAACUUGCAGUUCCUCAAAAUCAUGCAGAACAAGGUCAACUUGCAGGAUUUCCUGUUUGGCAAAGAAAUUAGAUUGGGAUCGUACAAAAACCCGACUUCUAUUCCUCCAGGUGCUCGCAUCACCAUGAAGAAAGUUGCCGAAGACCAUCGAUCUGAGCCACAAUACAGGGAAAGAGUAUUCUACAUGGUCGCGAAGGGGUAUAAAGACCAGCUGCUUCGUGACCGAUGCAUGGCUCCAAGAGAUUUUUUAGCUAACGGGAAUCUCGAAUUGGAUGCAUUCUAUUAUAUUACCAAAGUGCUUAUACCCCCGCUCCAACGCAUUUUCAAUCUCUGCGGUGUCGACGUUAAUAAGUGGUUCGACGAGCUCCCGCGGAACUUGAUUGCCCCGAACUUGGAUCAACUGAAUUUCAAAACACCUCUGAUUAACAGUGCCAAGUGUAUUAAUUGCAAUACUGUUAUUCAAAGAACCCUGGGAAGAACAGGUAAACUAUGUCACGAGUGCAGCGCUAAUGAGCUGCAAACAAUCGCUCACAUGCGCUCGUGUGUGCGCGCGAAGGAAUCCCAAAUGGAUGCCACAAUGCUAAUCUGCAAACGAUGUACAAAACGGAGUCUGCGAAAUAACAACUCACCACUUUCCACUGCGCUGGCAUGUACCAACGAGGAUUGCUCUGUUUUCUACGAUCGAAUCAAAGCGAUCACUCAAACGGAGAAAACGAUGGCAGCUUACGCUGAGUACCUCAGCUGGUGA